GGGAACCUGGGAGACGGGUAAAGAAGCGGGCAUAGCGAAACCUUUAUUGUUUUCGUCGGGCUCGAACCUUUUAUCAGCGAACACAUUUUACUCGUUAAGCCGAACGACGGCGCCUCGCGGGCCACUGAUCCGCCCGGAUAUCCGUUUGGCUCGGUGACGACUCUCAUUCAUUCGGGAUUCGUGCUCGCUAGCUGGCUAACGAGGCUCCGCACCAGCAGGCCCGUCCUCCUGGACUUUGCUACAAGCUAGUAAGCUAACGUUAGCAGGCUAACCCAUGCGCACACGUUUCCCUUUUUCAACGAUUCUGUCUGUGACGUUGUGAAUUCGCACCACGCCUUGUAUGUGUGCAGCCUUUAACUCUUUUUGUUAAUUCCUUUGAAAGGCCGGCCGCUGGUUGUAGCUAACUUACCUCCGCUGCACAGGCGAGACGCUUGUUUUUAAAAGUGUUGCCCACCUAGCUGCUAGCUUGAGCUAGCCACAACGCCAAGUGAACAACGCAGUCACCGGGAGCGAAGCAGCCUCCAGAUCCCAGAGAUGUCGGACUUCGACGAAUUCGAGAGGCAGCUCUCUGAGAACAAACAAGCUGAAAGGGACAAAGAGAACCGCCACCACCGCCGGUCCUCCUCCCGCAGCCGCAGCAGAGACAGGAAAAGGAGGAGCAGAGACAGGGACAGACGCAGCAGGGACCGCCGUGGGGACAGUAAGGAGCGCAGGCACAGGCGCAGCAGACAGCAAACCCCCCCGCCCAUCCAGAAAGCUCCUGCGCGCAUGCGUGUUUUUGUAUCUGGAAAGGAGGGAAGAGACUCAGAGAACAUGGAGAGUCUACAGACACGCUCACCAACCAGCUUCCCCCAGGAAAAUGCUGGAAGCCGUUCUCCACACCGUGAGAAGAAGAAGAAUAAGGUGAAGAAGUACUGGGAUGUUCCUCCACCUGGUUUUGAACACAUCACUCCCUUGCAGUACAAAGCCAUGCAAGCUGCAGGCCAGAUCCCAGCCACAGCCCUCCUGCCAACCAUGACUCCAGAUGGCCUGGCUGUUACUCCCACCCCAGUACCUGUAGUGGGCAGCCAGAUGACCCGGCAGGCCCGCCGGCUCUACGUCGGCAACAUCCCCUUUGGUAUCACAGAGGAAUCCAUGAUGGACUUCUUCAAUGCCCAAAUGCGUUUGGGUGGUCUAACUCAGGCCCCUGGAAACCCUGUCCUUGCAGUACAGAUCAAUCAGGAUAAGAAUUUUGCCUUCCUUGAGUUUCGUUCAGUGGAUGAAACCACACAGGCAAUGGCCUUUGAUGGCAUCAUCUUUCAAGGCCAGAGCCUCAAAAUUCGCCGUCCCCAUGAUUACCAACCUCUGCCGGGCAUGAGCGAGAAUCCCAGUGUCUAUGUGCCUGGUACACAGACAAUUAAUGGUGUGGUGUCAACAGUGGUGCCUGACUCGGCUCACAAGCUCUUCAUUGGUGGCUUGCCCAACUACCUGAAUGAUGACCAGGUGAAGGAGCUGUUGACGUCAUUUGGUCCUCUGAAGGCCUUCAACCUGGUGAAAGACAGUGCCACAGGCUUAUCUAAAGGAUAUGCUUUCUGUGAAUAUGUUGAUGUCAACCUGAAUGACCAGGCUAUUGCUGGGCUGAAUGGCAUGCAGCUGGGAGACAAGAAGCUCCUGGUGCAAAGAGCAAGUGUGGGAUCCAAGAACGCCACUCUGACAAGUAUGAACCAGACUCCCGUGACGCUGCAGGUGCCAGGUAUGAACAGCUCAGUGUCUCAGAUGGGUGGCCUGCCCACUGAGGUGCUGUGUCUGAUGAACAUGGUGGCCCCCGAAGAGCUGAUUGACGAUGAGGAAUAUGAGGAGAUCGUGGAGGACGUCAAAGACGAGUGCAGCAAGUACGGCCAAGUCAAGAGCAUUGAGAUCCCUCGACCUGUGGACGGCCUGGAAGUGCCUGGGACUGGCAAGAUCUUUGUGGAAUUCACAUCCGUCUUUGACUCCCAGAAGGCCAUGCAGGGGCUGACAGGACGGAAGUUUGCCAACAGGGUGGUGGUGACCAAAUACUGCGAUCCAGACGCUUAUCACCGCCGAGACUUCUGGUAGAGGAAGCAUGAAGUAAAGAGGGAGGGGGUGGGGGGGUGUAUGUACUGCCUAUUCCAAAUCAGGCCCCUGAGUGAUUUGGUAGAGCUACAUUUCAAGUAGAUUUGAGAAUAUUAAGAGUUUGACAAAUGGUGACAUCCAAUUUAUCAUUUGAGAUCUACGUGAAAUGUCCAGCAGUUAAACAGUUAUUUGAAAUUUGGAACAGGAGAAACGUGGGGAGGGUUUAAAUCCAAAAUAAAAGAGGGGUUGUAGG